AUGCUCAAGGUGUCCGCCGUACUGUGCGUGUGUGCAGCGGCUUGGUGCAGUCAGGCUGCGGCCGGGGGGCGUUCGGACGGCGGUAAUUUUCUGGAUGAUAAACAAUGGCUCACCACCAUCUCGGAAGUCGGACAGUGGAACAAAUUCCGAGACGAUGAUUAUUUCCGCACCUGGAGUCCAGGGAAACCCUUUGAUCAGGCUUUAGAUCCAGCUAAAGAUCCAUGCUUAAAGAUGAAGUGCAGUCGCCAUAAAGUAUGCAUUGCCCAGGAUCCUCAGACGGCACUCUGUGUUAGUCACCGGAGGCUUACACACAGUAUGAAAGAAGCGGGAAUAGGCCAUAAGCAAUGGAGAGGCCCUGUAUCAUCCUCUUGCAAGCAGUGUCCAGUGGUUUAUACCAACCCUGUUUGCGGCUCAGAUGGUCACACCUACUCUUCACAGUGCAAACUAGAAUAUCAGGCGUGUGUCUUAGGGAAACAGAUCUCAGUCAGAUGCGAAGGACAUUGCCCAUGUCCAUCGGGGAAGUCCACGAGUACCAGCAGACAUGUUAAGAGAGCAUGCAGUGACCUGGAAUUCAGGGAGGUGGCGAACAGAUUACGGGACUGGUUCAAGGCCCUUCACGAGAGUGGAAGCCAAAUCAAGAAGACCAAAGCCUUACUGCGGCCUGAGAGAAGCAGAUUUGAUACCAGUAUUUUGCCAAUUUGCAAGGAUUCACUUGGCUGGAUGUUUAACAGACUUGACACAAACUAUGACCUGCUGUUGGACCAGUCAGAGCUUGGAAGCAUUUACCUUGACAAGAACGAGCAAUGUACCAAGGCAUUCUUCAAUUCUUGUGACACAUACAAGGACAGUUUGAUAUCUAACAAUGAAUGGUGCUACUGCUUCCAGAGACAGCAAGACCCACCCUGCCAGACGGAGCUGAGCAGUAUUCAGAAGCGGCAAGGGGUAAAGAAGCUCCUAGGACAGUACAUCCCACUGUGUGAUGAAGAUGGUUACUACAAGCCAACACAGUGCCACGGGAGUGUUGGGCAGUGCUGGUGUGUGGACAGAUAUGGAAAUGAAGUCAUGGGAUCCAGAACAAAUGGUGUUGCAAAUUGCGCUAUGGAUUUUGAGAUCUCCGGAGAUUUUGCGAGUGGCGAUUUCCAUGAGUGGACUGACGAUGAGGAUGAUGAAGAUGACAUCAUGAAUGACAAGGAUGAAAUUGAAGAUGAUGACGAAGAUGAAGGGGAUGAUGAUGAGGAUGGUGAUGACCGUGAUGGAUACAUCUGAUUGAUAACAGUCGAGAUUAAAAAUUCUACAUUUCUAACAUUUACAAAACGAUAGCCUAUUGAGACUUACCCUCUUGUCCCAAAAUAAAAUGAUUCCAAACCUCACAUAUAUUUUGUAUAAUUGUCUCAAAUAUUGCAGCUAAAGUCAUAGAACUUUAUGUUUAAAUAAGAAUCAUUUCCUUUGAGUUUUUAUAUGCCUUAGGAAAAAAGAAGAGCUUAAGGAGUCCACCCAGACAAAAUAAGUCAUGAAGAGCUAUUACAAUACAUUUUUCAUCGGAGCAAACCUUGUAAAUCUCUCUUAACAAUAACAGACAAUGCGUGCUUGGGAUCAUAGAUGUUAUUUCUCUGAGAUAUAUUCUAAGCUGAUGACUCGUUAGUGACCUGGGCCCCCAGAGAUUUAAUGAAAAUCCUUAAUUGCAAUUCUAAAGUAGCAUCUUGCAAACCAUGGAAUGAGACAGGGAAAGUGAAGGAGGUAGCACAGGGUGAGAAAAACAAGAUGAGGAUUGCAGGACCUUCCAUUGCCUUUGCUUUGUGAGACUUAAUUAUGAGGCUGUUUUGGUUAUGAUGGGGUGUUUAGACAAAAUGGCAAAUAUGGAAAACCAUGGAAUCUGAAAGUUAAAAAGUUAUCUUUUGUACUUUUUAUUUUAAUUUGGAUGGCAAUGUCAUGUAGUUUUGUUUUUGUUCUGUGAAUAUGCUUAAACAGCAUGAUUUCUUUACCUUUCUAGAUUUCUGACCAGCAAGGUAGGGUGCAGAAUUAGGAAAACAAAUGGAAAGAUUCAUUUAAAGCAUAUUUUCACAAAUAAAGUUUGUCAUUUGCCCUAAGGUCAAAUUUAAAAAUCUUAAUUCUCUUUUAUUUUCUGCCUUACAAACAAAUUUGCAUUUAAUCUCAGAAUUAUGCUAUAAUUUUGUUAGUAGUGCUGAAAUGUAGAGAACAUAUUGUAUGGUGCCUUGCAAAAAUAGAAAUAGAAAGAUUUUAGCAUGCAUACCAAUAUAGGCUAUUAGGCAAUAUUUAAGCACACCUAAUUAACAAGUGAAUACCGAUACAGGUACUGCUGCUGGAAUGAAGAAAAUGGAAUAUGUCUCUUUCCUUUGUUUCUAUUGUUACAUAAUUGCCAUGUGGACUUGUUUAUGAUUCUUGUGUAGAGUAACACUUAAGAUUUAACUGUAGCAAAAGUUACUUUAGUUGCUGUAUUUAAGUUAGCAUGUUAAUUAAUUGUGUAGACAUUUUGGCACACCAUCACUUUUAAGUAUAUCAGACCAAUGGUUUCGUGCCCAUAAUAAAAAUGGAACAACCUGUUGAAUGUUACACAUUGAUAGCAUUAAUUUCAACAAUGGGUCAGCUGGUUUCCCAGUUCAUGAUUCAUUGAAAGUAAAAUUGGUGGAUUCUUUCCAUUUAAUUUCUACACAGAAUAAAAACUUUAAUGUUGACCUUA